AUGAGAUGAGAUUAGAGAUUGGAAAGAGAGAUAAGCAACCCCAUCCUCAACCAUGUGGUUUCAAGAUUCAAUAUCUGGACAUUGGUUGUAACCUACUUUUUCCUUCUAACUUUGUGAUGAAAUAGGAUAACAUCACUACCAUUUUCCAUCAUGCCUCUGCAACCCUUCUGUAGGGCUUUUGCCAGAUUGGCCAACUGUGACCAUGACCCCACAAACCCACAUCACCCUUUCUUCCCUUUUUUUUUCCUAUAUAAACCUCUUUUUCCUUAACUCAUCCAAAACACAACAAAAGAGAAACAAAGAGAGAUUGGAAACUCUUGUACUUGCCUUCAUACCUAAUUAGGAAGCUUUUUUUGGUUCUCACUCGGAUCAAACGGACAUGGAGGUUGCAGUUGAACUUGAAGAUGACCUAUUUUUUGCAGAUUUGAGCAAGGAAAUUGCUCUCCUGAUCAUGGAUGAAGAUGAAGACCAUCUCGAUUCUUCUCCUCCUGGUUCCCUUCAGGCUUUUUCUGAGGCAAUUUAUCCUCCUCCGCAGUUUGCUUUUCUCUAUGAGCACGCUUUGAGGAGAGAAAGCAAAGGCACGGGUGUGUUUAUCCCCCAGGCAACACAGCCAAGAAGGAAACAGAGGAAAGGAAGGGCUGGUUCACAUGCAAAGCAUCAAAAGCAGUCUCAAGAUACCAGAACGGUUUCUCAUGUUCCUAACAAGAAUUCUUUCAAAUCCAGAAAUGGCUAAGGAUAGUAUCACACAGAUCCCUGUCAAAACCUGCAUAAUCUUACAAAUUCUACUGAUUAAUUUCUUUCCCAAGUUUUAAUAAUUCGUGGAUCUGAUUCUUUUGCCGGCCAAUAAUGAUAUGGGUAGUUAAUUUGUAUUCUUUAUAUAUAUAUAUAGGUUAGUGUAAAUGGGAAAACCAUAUAUACCAAAAUAUUAGACAUGGUGUAGGAAGGUUCACCCAAGGUUUUGCUUCCUUCCUCUGCAGACAAGCAUUUCAUUGUUAUCUUAUCUUGUUUCUUGUCAUAAGUUUGUCAUGGUUGCAAAGAUAUAUUAUUGUUCUUUUAUUCCCA